GAAAAGUCAUCCACAUACUGUAUAAAUAAAAUGGCAAGCUAGUGUUGUUUAAACAUUCCACUCUUAUAGUCCUAUCAUAUCGGAACUUAAACGUACGGAAAAUGGGAGGAGAAACUGAUCAUAGCAAAGUUGACAAUAUAUCUCAACUUCUGAUGUCGGAAGACAAGUUAAGGGAUCUGGCUUGGUUGAUGUAUCUACAAGAGGCACAGCGCAUACAGACCAUUAAAUUUAGGUCCGUAUAUCACCGGAUACAGUACCUUCGAGACUGCCGAAAGACCUACGAGUCUGCCAUUCAAAUCCUGGAUUUCGCCGAGCAGAUUGAGUUUCUUAAGCGUAAGCGUGAUCUUCAACAAGAUGAUAAGGUGGAUGACUCCAUUUCUUCGGCUUGUGAUCAUCUGAAAGAGUUCGCCAAUAUUUCCGUGGGUGUAGCUUGUAGAGCUUUGCCAAGCUUCCACAUUCGCCACGAGUACUUGAAGAAGAUCAGAGAAUAUGUACAAGAGACGCACACGGCGUUGGACCGUAUUAAGUCUUUCGUCGUUGAUGGAGCACUUGGAGUCCAGUGUUUACGAGCUGAAAAUAUCGUGGGCGAGUUGAUGGAACACAAGCAACUCUCGCUCGAUUUUCUAAAGUCACGUCAAAUCCCUUCUACAAUCCGGAAAAGAUUUUCGAGGAGGAUUUACAAGCAUCCUACGGAUAACUUGUUUAACCACGUCGUCGUUAAGUACAAAGCUAAGGCCGCUGCGCGAAGAAAUAGCUCAGAAACAGAGGGAGGAACAAAUAGAGAAGUCUCAGAAACAAAUACUGCCGAGAUAGAGGGAGUGACUUUGGAAGAAUCGGUAGAAAUACAGAAUUUGGAGACUCUUGAGGUUUAUGAUGAAAUUGCGGUUAAAGCUGGAAAGCGUUCGUAUGCCAAUCUAGCAAAGGGUGCAAAAUGGUUCGGUAGAGCACUCAUCAUUUUCCAAAUGGGCAUGAUAGUUUAUGAUACGAUUGAAUCAGAUCAUCCAGUGCAAACCGCAGUAAAAGAGACCGUGGAGUUUGGUGCAUCGGUAGCUGGUGGGAUUGCAGGCGAGAUGAUAGGUACUGCUGCUACAGUUUCCUUGUUUGCUGCGACAGGGAUUGCAACCACAACAGUAGUUGCUUCAGUUGCUGUACUUGCGGCUUCGAUAAUAACUGGUGUCGUAUUAGCUGUUGCGGUCGGAGCCUUAACUGGUUACUUAAUUAGCAAGUUUUUCGAGUCUGGAGGAGAAACUUCAAAAGCCCCUAAAACUCCUACUACUACAACAACUACUACACUCCCUAGUCUUAAGAAAUGCGUUAUUCGUCAUCCUACGACUGAACAUCUUGUCAUCCAUGUUGCCAAAAUGCCUGAUGCUGAACGCUUAGCUCGCCGGCUUACUGCAGGCGCGCGAGUUGGAGUAUAUACAGUACCAGAUCAAACCACAGAAGCUGAUCAUACUGAUAAAACUACAACAGCUCAUCAUCAGUCUCUUGAAAAGGCUUUUGGAGGAGCACGGGAUCCAAUUAUUUAUAGAUAUAAGUCACCCUAUUAAUAUAAUACCCGCAAGUUGAAUCAUGCAAGAAUUAACAGCUUAACAAGCUUCUUCCUGAUUGGGUUUUUGUUAGUGAUCACCUUCUUGGUUGAUCACAAACUGAAAGUUGCUAAGCAACUUAACAGUAAAUGCAAAGAGAAAGAGAGGAAGAAAGAGAGAUAGAUUGUUUUCUUAUUGAAUGAAUAAAGAUUACAGCAUGAUUGGCAUUAUAUACAA